ACAGUUCCCUCCUGGGCCUCCACGCGAGCACUCCGUCACUAGAAGUAUAACAGCAGCUAUGAACUUAAACUUGUUUAAGAUAUCUGAUGUCAAAAAUGACGGGGAACAUAAUAUGAGCACAGCAUGGUUGCCAGCGCGAUAUGUCGUCUGCAUGCUAGCCUUCCUGGGAGUCACAUUCAAUUACAUCCUCCGUGUCAACAUCAACUUCGCCCUGGUGGCCAUGGUGAAACAUAACCCUGUCACGGUGACCCACACACCCAGCCACACACCUAGCGACGCCUUCAACCGCUUCCAGGGCGACGUGCUCAUGGGGCCUCAGGAGAUCGUCAUACCAGCCAUAGACAUUUCCACCCACAACGACGCCGUCAACGCCUCCCAGGGAGACGAUUCCCUGCAAUCCGUCUACACCUGCCCAGCGCCUGCUAAUGACACCACAUCGCACACCACCUACAACGGUAACCUGCCCUGGGACGAGUGGACACAAGGGUUGGUAGCUGGGGCUUUCUUCUAUGGCAACGUGGUGUCUCAAUUGCCUGGCGGCCGCCUAGCGGAGCUGUGGGGUCCGUGCAGGGUACUGGGAGGUGCUCUGCUCUCCGCUAGUAUCUUCACCCUCAUGCAACCAGUUUUGGCCAGAGUAUCCUACAUUCUCCUAAUCUUCGCUAGGAUCAUGGUGGGCCUCUCUCUGGGUGUAACUUCACCAGCCAACCAUGCUCUCCUCUCAGGGUGGGCGCCACCUAUGGAGCGGUCUACUCUGUCAGCCAUCAUAUACGCAGGAGUACCGGCAGGUACAGUGGUCGCCUUCCCGGUGUCGGCCUACAUCAUCGACAACCUGGGGUGGGAAGCAGUGUUCUACAUCCAGGGAGCCUUGACGCUCGUGUGGUGCCUCGCAUGGUUCUUCAUCGUCACCGACUCGCCCGCUAGCUUCCGCUGGAUUACCAACCAUGAGAGAAACUACAUCAUUACGUCAAUUGGUGAUACCAAGAGUAAAAAGAGGUCUGCGGUGCCGUGGAAGGCGGUGGUAACAUCGUUGCCAGUGUGGUCGGUGGUGGCUGGUUCAUUUGGUCAUAACUGGGGCUUCUACACUCUCCUCUCAGCCGUCCCACUCUACACCAAGACCAUCCUCCAUCAGGACAUUAAGUCGAACGCGUCAGUGUCGGGGCUGCCGUUCGUGGGCAUGUGGGUGAUGUCCCUGGCCGGGGGCGUGGUGUGCGACUGGUGCCAGCAGCGCUGGGGCACCUCCACCAUCGCUGUCAGGAAAACUUCGCAUUUUUUCGCCAAUAUGGGUCCAGCCGUGUGUGUGGUGGGGCUCAUGUGUGCUGGCUGCGACUGGCACCUCACCGUGGCACUGCUGGUCGUCGGAGUCGCCUUCAAGGGUCUAAUUUUCUCUGGCCACUACAUCAGCCCCAUCGAUCUCGCCCCGAACUUUGCUGGCACCUUGCUGGGCAUCACUAACACCAUCGGCAAUGUUCCAGGCUUCCUCGCUCCUAUGAUCAACGGCGCCAUCAUCAACAACCAGCAAACCCUACCGCAGUGGAGGAUAGUGUUCUUCAUAACUGCCGCCAUCUACGUGCUGGACACAGUCAUCUACCUCGUCUUCGCCUCAGCGGAAGUGCAGCCGUGGAACAAUUCUCAGCUUCAGCACCCCGAGAGUGGGGAGACUAGGGAAGACCAGCACAGCGCCGACAAGACCACGUCUCACCAAAGGGAUUCUCAUCUGUCACAGAUCAACGAUUAUCGUGAAGAAUCAGAGAAUACUAGUAAACACAAAGCUGUGUUUAGCGAAGGGAACUACGCUGACCUUAAAAACCUCAAGCGUACAGGGAGCAACAGUAACAUCAGGGAGGGAACUGCCUGUGAGGAAGGCAACCACAGCUGUCCAGACGGAGAGAGACUCCAGUGUCCUGGGAGGCAGGGAGAUAGUGCGGAUGGCAAGAGUGUUGAGGGCGCAACUAUGGCACAAUUCACCGCGAAGACCAAGGGUAAAGGUCACCUCAAUCCCGCCUUUAACAUUAAUGAAUAGCAACUUCAGCCACUCUGUAGAACAGUCAUAUUUAUGGCGAAAUUUGUGGCAUGUAUCGUGUAAUGUAAGACGAGCUCAGCAUUCCAGCAUUAAAUUUUCAGGCAGGGAGCUCGUAGCGACCAUUCAUCCCUCCAUAUACCAUGUCCUAAAUUUAACCGUUUCACACUAAGUUGUCCAUUCGGUGUUAAAUGUUUAAUUUAGUCAUCUAUUAUUAUGCUAGUUUAUUGUGCACCCUAUACUCAUCUUGUGGGCGGUAGCCCAAAAAGCAUUACAGAGGGCCCAAAAGGGCUUUAUCUGGCUUCAUCUUAGAUUAUUACAUUACAAUUUCAUCUAUCCUUCACACCUUAUAGUUACAAUGUCAGCUAGUUACAGAGAAGGUUCUAUUACAAGAGCUAUAUAUUUACAGUAAGUCAUUAUACAUUAAUGGUAGGUCUUAUCGCUAAUACAUAAUUGUUUGAACAAUGGAGAUACUACAGAGUCAUUUGGGAGCUGUUACCUCCCUAAAGGUAUAAAUCCAAUACGCCCAGUACAGUCCGAUUACGGGCUAUUCAUGCCCGUGCUACCUCUUGGGUGGCUUAAUCUUCUUCAAUCAAUCAAUCUACAGUUCCAUUUACAGGCUCACUAUAGCCCGUGCUACAUGGACAAUUCGUUCUGAGUAGCUAAAUCUAAAACAACAACAACAUGCAGUCCCAUCACUUGAGAAUGAAGUGAACCCAUUUAUAAUUUUAUUUAUUUCUGGGUAAUUUUAGCAAUUACCCAGUAAUUGCUAAACAGAACAAAAUUGCAGUGUACAUACGCGUAAAACUGACCAAGAAAUGAUUCGGUCCACGCCCUUAAUUGAGACGGGGUUGUGAAGUUAGGCUAUACUGCGCUGCCUAAAUAUCUACAUUUCCUCUUAUCUUAGUAUUAUCACCAUCAGCUGAAUAUAAACAGGCUAAGGAAACACAAAACUGACAAUUGCAACUCAUCCUUGCUAAUCUCCACACCGAGGAUUUGUUUACAUCUCGUUUAGUGACAGCCGUCAGGAAAUCAUAAUAUAAACUACUGCAGACUUUUGUUUAAAGACACAGAACAAUGUCUUGCGAAACACUGGAGAAGUAUUUCAGCUUUGUCAAAUCGUUCUUGUCUCUCUCCGCCUGUCAGGACGACAGGUUCUCUCAAAAUGUUUCGUUCGCGAUAAAUAUCAGGCGGAGCUUCACAAGUUCAAUGUUUUUGUGUAUUAUUUCUCCAUAUAUUCGGAGCAGAUGUACAUUUGUUUUAGCAAAUACCUUUUUAACAACAAAAGAUGCCGGGCUAAAAUGUUGAAGCACAAACAGAUCAGGUACGAGACGAGUGUAAAUAUAUGGGAGUGAUCAAUAUAAAUGUGAGAGGUGGGCUGGCUAGCAGGACGAUGUGAGGUGUGGAGGGUGGACCUGCCCGCCACUUUCUCUCCCUCUCAUCCUCUUCAAACUUUAAUGUGUAGUAAAUAUUUUAGCCAGACGUUAUGUAAACCCAAUUACACCUUGUAAUUCGAA